CAGGGCAGCGUUUGUCGCGCUCAAGCAGAAGAUUCGACGCUGUCAAGGAAACGCGCACGCUGAGCGCAUCGUUCCGAGAUUUACAAACAACUGAACCUGCCUCGCGCACCGUUAUCCACAUCAGUCGUUGCAGAAAAUAGCAGUUAAGCGAUGCAUGCGAUGUAACAAUACAGAGGGAGAGCAAAAUACGAACCGAAAUCACAGAGACGCCGCGCCAGCGCUUGUUAUAUACAGCAGUAGUCAGUCAUGCCGCUGGUGAAGAGGAGUAUCGAGCCCAAGCACCUGUGUCGAGGAGCUCUGCCUGAUGGAGUGCCCAGUGAACUGGAGUGUGUCACCAACAGCACCCUGGCAGCCAUCAUCAAACAACUGGGCAGCCUGAGUCGUCACGCAGAGGACAUCUUUGGAGAGCUGUUUAAUGAAGCCAACAGUUUCUACAUGCGUAUGAAUAACCUGCAAGAGAGAGUGGACCUGCUGGCUAUCAAAGUCACCCAACUGGACUCCACAGUGGAAGAGGUCUCUCUGCAAGAUAUCAACAUGAGGAAGGCCUUCAAGAGCUCCACCAUUCAGGACCAACAGGUGGUUUCCAGAAACUCCAUCCCUAAUCCUGUGCUGGAGCUCUACCACCGUGGAGACAAACCUCCCCCUCUCAAUAUUCUCAGCCCUUACAGAGAUGAUAAGAAGGAUGCACUGAAGUUCUACACAGACCCCUCCUACUUCUUUAACCUCUGGAGGGAGAAAAUGCUGCAAGCCACAGAGGACAAGAGAAAAGAAAGGAGGAGACAGAAGACCAGCGGCUCAGGCCAGACUCACUCAGACCAGACUAAGUCCCACUCCAGGCAGGCCCAUCUCAGAAGCCCCCUCCUAUCCUCUGAGCAGCAGAAGCAGGUGGAGGACCCCAGUCGGGAGGUGAAAAAGGUUCGUAAGGCUCGGAAUCGUAGGCAGGAGUGGAAUGUAAUGGCGUAUGAUAAGGAGUUCCGCCCAGACGCCCGUUUCACGCCUUCUCCGUACCACGGCAUGUCCUCUGAGGGCUCACUUUCCCCAGACAACAGGUCGGUUGCCUCAGACAUGGGUGAGCACUCUUACCCAGGCAGCCCCAGUCACCCGGCUCAGCAGAUGGCCGUGACCAGCGCUUACUCCGCUGCCGAUGGCAAAGAGCACCUCAUGGCCCCCUCUCAUGUCCAGACCCAGUCCCUGGACCGUGGGUAUCGGCCGCCCGCUUCCUCCUCCGCUCCACCUGGGAGACAGACCAUUGGCAGGGUUCAGACCUCCCAUGGACAAGCAGUCACAGACCCCGCUCUCAACGGGCCACGUCCCCUGCAGGCUAAAGACUACAGUGGUCAGCAGUCUCAGCAUCGAGAGUAUUUCGUACCUCCUGCUCCUCCUCCACCUCCUCCUCUCAUUCCCUCUGCCCAGACUGCCUUUGACAGUCCCACUGGCCCCUCCUCUGCCCCAGCCAGCGCCAUGCCAUCUCUUUCCCAGACUUACAACCCUUCUCCUCCGACCCCUGCCCUCCCUGCUUCCUACACCCCUUCCCCAACCCAUCCUCCUCCCGCAGCCCCCCCUCCACCUCCACCUGGGCCGCCCACACACCCCCACCCGCACCCUCACUCACACACCAUGCCCGCUGCCCCUGCGGAAGCACCGGUUGUCCCCAGGAAGGGCCAGGUACCUCUCAUCCCAAUGAGCGAUGCACGCAGCGACCUGCUGGCGGCCAUCAGACGAGGGAUCCAGCUGCGUAAGGUGCAAGAACAGCGGGAGCAGGAAGCAAAGAAGGAGCCGGUUGGAAAUGACGUGGCCACUAUAUUGUCCCGUCGCAUCGCCGUGGAGUACAGCGAAUCUGACGAAGACUCUGAGCUGGAUGAAAAUGAGUGGUCUGACUGAGACAGGAAAACAACAAUAGAAGAAUAAAAAAACAUGAAGUAAGCGUUAGGGCGUAGGUUUCAGAGAACAGAAUUAUCACAACUAAUGUAGCAUGCCGAUGUCUGUCUGCAGUAAUAUAACACAGCUCCUGUGUUUUGUUUUUUUUAAAAGGGGCUGCGUAACUACAAAGUCUCAAAGAGACAGAACCAGAAACUUUUUAAUUUUAGAUUGUACAUCUUAAAUUGAAGCCUUGACAGUGAAGUUUAAUGAGAGUUUUGACCCCAUAGAACAAUGUCCGUUAGAGAUCGGCUCCUCUACGCAGCGGGCUUGAGUCCACCACCUGACACUAUUCAUCACAUACUCUGAAUGUGGUGGUCCUACCAUCUGUCCUCUCUCCUGCACUCUUUCUCUCGCUCACUAACCUUAGAAUAUGACCUCAUAAUUAUUAGAACAGCCAGCUGGAUGAUCAUGCAAUGUUAAUUUUAGUCCUACUCGCUCAGGACUACAACUUGAAGGACAGAGAAUAUAGACGUAAAUGUAUUUAAGGCUAAUAUACUAAGCAUUUACGUUAAAAAAAAUUAUAUUCAAGCCCAAAGAAAUGGAUGCAUUUUAUCCUUUUGAAUGCAUGUUGACCAAGUAUCAGGCAGAUAGCAAACCAGUUGAAAUUAACAUUGCAAGUCUAAAAAGCAAUAUUCUUGAGCGAUUUGCUCCGAUAGAGCACAAAACAAAUGAUAGAUUUUCAUUUGUUGAUUAAAAUUUAUAAAAGUUUGCAUUCCAAAUAUCCCAACUAAUUGAAAAGCAUGGAUAGACAAUCUGAAUCAGUGAAAUUCUGUUGGGAAUAUAACAUUUUCUGUAUCUUAAAAAAUGCAGAGAGGCUUGGUGGUGAUGCUUUACGUUCGUUAUUGGUGAUGCUAUUUCCCCAGAUGUAACUAAUUUAAAUAAUUUAACCCAUUUUAAUGGAUUGGAAUGAUUUUUCAUUUGCUUUCUUGGCUUCAAGUAAAAAGAUUUGUUACUAUACUGGUGCAUUCUGAAUCCACCAAUACAUAAUCACAAAUUGAUUGCUGCUACUUGUAGACAAUUACUUGUAGUGCAACUACAAAAGACAACAGAACUGGGCUCUUAUUCAUCUAUAGCCUCAUUAAACACAAUACUUUAAUGUUUUGAGGUACAAGUGGUGCUGUGGUGGUAAUUAUAGAUUGUAUCUUUAAUUGUGUCAGAAUCAAUUUCUUUAUGUUGUUUUUUUUUUCCUCCUUGUCUCUUCAGGGAUGGAAAAAACUCCUAGUUUUCUGUGUCUUUUCAAAUGGAUACAAUGCGUGGCCAUCGGUCCCCUAAAGGAUCAAACUGUUCGCUUGUCAGUCAUCUCACUAUAACCACAGUAGAUGUCACUGCAUGGUUACCAAGGCAACAAACACAGCAUAAUUAAGCAGGCAACAAUGAAAACAGCUGUGCUCUUACCUGUUUGACCUGGUAAUGUGUACCCAUAAACAUAAAUAGAAAUUAACACUGUGCUCUGUAAGAACAGCUGGUUUGCAUUUUUGGUUUUUAGUUUUGUUUGCCAGUGUUUUAAUUUGGAAUCAUCUUGCCCUCUGAGGCAUUUGAAAUGCUAUAUAUGCUAAUUUGUACAGAAUAAGAGCACUUCAGUAUUUCAGCUUUUAUUUUCUAUUUAUUUGCUUAAAUGUGUCUCUCACUGCACAAAUAGGGAGGCUUUGAGUUAACCUCUCCCAACUUAACAGCUAUCAUGAGCUGUGUGUUUAACCUGUGUUUUGUAUGUAAAGAAUGAAGUCCUUUGUGUUUUAAACAAUGUGAUGUAUAGAACUUUGUUAAAAUGGCAGAACUUUGAUUUAUAUAGUUAAGAAACAGUAUGAAAAUUAAUGUAUCAAAAAAAAAAAUAUAUAUAUAAUGUCGGCAAGUGCUGCAUGCAUGUUUGGACUGCCAUUAAAGUGCUUCUUAAAACA